ACUGUGAAACUGUCAUGUCCCUCAUUCUCCACACAGUCCUCACCUUUGUCUUCAAAUGCUUCAACACAUUACACAUACAUAUCACUUCCCCACCCUAUCACAAAACUCACCAUGCCUCCAUCAACAAACCACCACCACCUCAUCUUCCUCACUCUUGCUCUCACAUCCAUCAUCUUUCUCUUCUCUCUCCCCCCUUCCUCAGGUGCAUCAAGAGAGGAGGAACUGAGGAAGAUGGUGCUGCGGUCGAGGCCGCCGGCCUGCGUGAACCGGUGCAUGAGCUGCCGGCCCUGCGAGGCUACUUUGGUAAUUCCACCGCACCAAAGGGCAAGUUAUGGUGCUUCUUAUCACAGAGGGGGAGAUAACAGCUACUAUCUUCUUUCUUGGAAAUGCAGGUGUGGGAAUAAGCUUUAUCAACCUUGAUUAAUUCCAAUUAAUCAAACAUUUUCAUAUUUCUGAUCAUGUACUUAUAACUUUGUAUCAGACGCUUUAUUUAAUUAAUUACUUAUAAACUAGAUU